AUGACACUCGAGGACGACGCGCGGUUCUGGGACAAGUCCGCUCCGUCGUACUCCAAGUCGGCCGUGUCGGACGAAGCCGGCUACCAGCGGACCCUCGACCGGACCUGCAGCUCACUUCAGCCGACGCAUCGUGUUCUGGAGCUUGGAUGCGGAACGGGCUCGACCGCUCUGCGCCUCGCGGAUCGCGUGCACGAGUAUCUGGCCACCGACAUCUCCCCGCGGAUGAUCAAGAUUGCCACCGAAAAGCUGCAAAGCCACGACCCCAAGCUUCCCAGCCUCCAGUUCCGCACCGCCACCGUGGAGUCGCUUGUCGCCGAAAACGACAAGGGCGACUGCAAGUUCCACGUCGUGCUGGGCUUCAAUUACCUGCAUCUCGUGCGCGACCUUUCAGGCACGCUCAAGGGCAUCCACGCGCUGCUCGGGGACGAUGGGCUGCUCAUCACCAAGACGCCGUGCGUCGGCGAGAUGAACCCGCUCGUGAAGCUCGCGCUGCCGGUGAUGCGGGCCGUGGGCAAGGCGCCGUACGCGGCUGUCUUUACGGCUACUGAUCUGAGCGCGCGGAUCGCGGAGGCCGGCUUCGAAGUGAUGGAGACGGAGAUGCACGCGUCCAAGGGAAACGACCACCGGCCGUUCAUCGUGGCGCGGAGGAAGACGUGA